AUGGAAUUAGCGCUCAAGCAUGUAACGAAUCGCUUAGAAAAGCUGGAUUCGAAUUGUUUUCAAGAUGAUAUUUAUACUUUUGAACCGAAGAAUGUGAAUUCUUCACUACAUUCGGUUGGAAGAACCAUUAAUGAUAUUUUGGAUACGACUUACACAUUUCUACCAAAAAAAGUACCUAUACAAGAAAAUGAAUUGGUCGAGGAUACAAUCUCUAAUUUACGUUGGCUAAAGGAAAAAUGUGAAACAGUUUGCUCUACUAUGGAUGCGGAAUUGAGCCCUUCCACCUUGUUCGACUCGAUUGUUGAGGCCCUUCUAUCAGAAAACGACGAAUUGACUGUACAGGAGGAUUUGAUUAAUCUCGUCGGUUUUGAAAAUGUUGAGCUCUUAUCUCAGAUUUUUGAAAGGUCAUCGUUAAUUUUGCAGGAGUACACUAGUCAAUCGAUUUCCAUGGACGAAAAAGCUUCCGCAGACCCAAGUGUUACUCACGGACAAGCCCUUUUGGAUUCUAUUCGAACAAAGGGACCUCAAUUUACACGAUCCAAAGACAACCGCGGUCCAUUAUUUACUGGACAGCAAGUUUUCGAAAGUGAAAAGUAUCCCCAUGUUUACGGUGACAAAAGGCUUGGAAAUACUAUUAGUGUCAUCGGCAAGAAAUUCGCUUUGCCAGCUGGAAGUCAACGAGAUGACUAUGACAAAUACGAGGAAAUAACUGUCCCUCCUGCAAAACAUAUACCCCCUAUGCAAAGCGAAUCCCCAAUUAAUGUAAGUUCCUUGGAUACUUUAUGCAAGAAAACGUUUAUGCGAUAUGAAACCCUGAAUAGGAUCCAGUCACUUGUGUUUCCCGUUGCUUACAAGACGAAUGAAAAUAUGCUCAUUUGUGCCCCUACGGGUGCCGGUAAAACCGAUGUUGCCUUACUUACCAUUCUGCAAACGAUAUCUAACUUUACUGAGAAAUUGGGUCUAGACGAGCAAAACGAAGAACGCUUGCGGGUUUUGAAAGACGAUUUUAAAAUUAUUUAUAUUGCACCUAUGAAAGCUUUAGCUGCAGAGGUCGUAGAAAAGAUGGAUAAACGUCUUAAAUGGCUAGGACUAAAGACGAGGGAGCUGACUGGUGAUAUGCAAUUAACCAAAAGUGAAAUUGCAGAAACUCAAAUUAUCGUUACUACUCCCGAAAAAUGGGAUGUCGUUACUAGAAAGAGCGUAGGCGAUAGCCAGUUAACAGAAAAAGUUCGAAUGGUCAUCAUUGAUGAAAUUCACAUGCUUCACGAUGAUCGUGGUGCUGUCAUUGAAUCAUUAGUUGCCCGGACCCAGCGAUUCGUAGAAACAAGUCAGCAGAUGAUUCGAAUCGUUGGGUUAUCUGCGACUCUUCCCAAUUACCUUGACGUAGCUGACUUUUUGGGUGUUAAUAGAUAUAAAGGAUUAUUUUAUUUUUCUUCUGCUUUUCGUCCAUGCCCUAUUGAGCAUCAUUUUAUUGGUGCCAAAGGAUCACCUAAAGUAGUAAGUACAAAUGUUGAUGAAGCUUGUUUCGAUAAAGUCCUUAAACUUAUUCGCGAAGGGCAUCAGGUGAUGAUUUUUGUUCAUUCCAGAAAGGAGACAGUAAAAUCUGCUAUUAAAAUCAAAGAACAAUUUUUCCACGAAGGUGCCGCUGAUUAUCUUGACUGCUCAACUCAUGAGAAAUAUGGGCUUCUUCAGAGGGAAGUUGCUAAAUCUAAAAAUAAAGAUUUAAGAGAACUAUUUAAGUAUGGUGUCGGCAUCCAUAAUGCUGGUAUGUUACGUUCUGAUAGACAUUUAACAGAGCGCCUUUUUUCACAAGGCGUAUUAAAGAUCUUGUGCUGCACAGCUACACUCGCUUGGGGUGUCAAUCUUCCAGCUUACGCGGUAGUUAUCAAAGGUACUCAACUGUAUAAUCCCCAGAAGGGUUCUUUUGUUGAUUUGGGCGUUUUGGAUGUUUUGCAGAUUUUUGGUCGUGCUGGUCGUCCGCAAUUUGAAAAUUCGGCUGCUGCAUUUAUUAUCACUUCCCAUGAUAAGCUUUCUCACUAUGUUUCUGUUGUCACUCAACAGACACCGAUUGAAUCUCGGUUUACUGAACGGCUAGUUGAUAAUUUGAAUGCAGAAAUUGCUCUAGGAACUGUCACGAAUGUGGAUGAAGCUGUAACUUGGUUAGGUUAUACAUAUUUGUACAUCAGAAUGCGACGAAAUCCCUUAAUUUACGGAAUUGCUUACGAUGAACUGUUAGAUGAUCCUUUGUUGGGCAGCAAACGACGAGAGUUGAUUGAGUUGGCUGCUACAAGAUUGGCCGAAAAUCAAAUGAUCAUUUUUAAUAAACGGAACGGUUAUUUAUCACCUAAAGAUUUGGGAAGAAUUGCUUCUCAUUUUUAUAUCUCGUAUCAAACCGUUACCACCCUGAAUGGUUUACUAAAAAGUAAGAUGUCGGAAGCCGAUAUUCUUUCUUUACUAAGUCAGUGUACCGAAUUCUCACAGAUAAAAUCCAGAGAAAACGAGCAUAAAGAGUUGGAAUCAUUAAUGGAACACAACGCUCCAUGUCAAUUAAGGGAUAGCAUUUCAAACACUGCAGGUAAAGUCAAUGUUAUCUUACAAAGCUAUAUAUCCCAAGCUCGCGUUGAGGAUUUUACUCUAACCUCUGAUACAAAUUACGUUGCUCAAAAUGCCGGACGAAUUUCACGAUCUUUGUUUGAAAUUGCUUUAUCUCGUGCUUGGGCAUCAGCUUUUACUAUUUUAAACUUGAGUAAAUCAAUUGAAAAGAGACAGUGGGGGUUUGAACAUCCAUUAUUGCAAUUCGAUCUCCCAAAUGAUAUUGCCGCUAAACUUGAAAAUCAAUACAGUAACCUUUCUGUUGAAGACUUAUCUGAAAUGUCUGCCAGUGAACUCGGAGAUUAUGUUCACAAUAAGAAAAUGGGACCCACUAUAAAGCACUGUGUCUCUCGCUUACCUUUACUUGGAGUAGAAGCUGACUUGUUACCCUUGACUAAAAAUGUACUUCGGUUGACUUUGACAAUUAAUGCUAAGUUUACUUGGGACAUGAAGUACCAUGGCAAUUCACAACUGUUCUGGAUUUUUGUUGAAGAUAGCGAUGGGUUGGAAAUUCUUUAUCAUGAGCUUCUUGUACUAAACAGGAAAAGUUCUACAUCCCCCCAGUUAAUGUCGUUCACAAUCCCUAUUUCUGAUCCUUUACCAUCUCAAUUAUAUAUUGUUGCGAUGUCCGAUAGAUGGAUUGGCGCUGAAACUGUUACUCCGGUUUCAUUGUCGAACGUGGUUUUGCAUGAAGAUUCUAAUCCUGUGACUGAACUUUUGGAUUUACAACCUUUGCCUAUAACUGCUCUCCAUAAUCCUGUGUUGGAGUACAUUUGUGGAAAAAGAUUCGCAUUUUUCAAUGCAGUACAAACACAAUUCUUUCAUACCGUAUAUCAUACAGAUGCUAAUGUCUUUGUCGGUGCUCCUACUGGAUCUGGUAAAACAAUGGCAGCAGAAUUUGCUACUUGGCGUGCUAUUCAAAAGAAUCCAUCUCACAAGGUUAUUUAUAUUGCUCCAAUGAAAGCCUUGGUUAAAGAAAGAAUGAGCGAUUGGGGUUCCAGAUUAAUAGAGCCAAUGGGACUGAGCAUGAUUGAAUUAACUGGUGAUACCAACCUUGAUACGAAGACAAUUAUGGAGGCGAAUAUUAUUAUCACAACACCAGAAAAAUGGGAUGGUAUAUCCAGAAGUUGGAAAACUAGGAAAUAUGUUCAAGACGUUUCUUUGGUUAUUCUUGAUGAAAUUCAUUUGCUAGGAAGUGAUCGAGGUCCUAUUUUGGAAAUGAUUGUUUCUCGUAUGAAUUAUAUAGCCUCACAAACGAAUAAGGGUGUCAGAAUUGUCGGCCUUUCUACUGCUGUUGCGAACGCAAACGAUUUGGCUGAUUGGCUCAAUAUUAAGGAUGGCUUGUUUAACUUUAGGCAUUCUGUCCGUCCUGUACCUUUAGAAAUCUACAUAGAUGGUUUUCCUGGAAGGGCUUACUGUCCGCGUAUGAUGUCCAUGAAUAAGCCUGCUUUUCAAGCUAUCAAAACACAUUCUCCUACACAACCUGUUUUGAUAUUUGUUUCUUCUCGUCGACAAACAAGACUUACCGCGAAAGAUUUAAUUGCAUAUUGUGGUUUAGAGGAUAAUCCGCGCAGGUUUCUGCAUAUGGAUGAUUCAGAGUUAGAAAUGAUUCUUUCCAGAGUUGAAGACAAGAAUUUGAAGUUGGCUUUACCAUUUGGCAUGGCUCUUCACCAUGCUGGUCUUACCGAAGGCGAUCGUAAGAUUUCUGAAGAAUUAUUUGUCAACAACAAAAUUCAAAUUCUUAUAGCUACAAGCACUUUGGCUUGGGGUGUUAACACUCCAGCCCAUUUAGUUAUUGUGAAAGGUACCGAAUAUUACGAUGUUAAAAUUGAAGGCUACAAAGACAUGGAUAUAACCGACGUCUUGCAGAUGCUUGGACGUGCUGGACGACCUCAAUUCGACAGCUCUGGUGUUGCUCGUAUAUUUGUGCAAGACACUAAGAAGUCAUUUUAUAAACAUUUUCUUCAUAGUGGGUUUCCAGUUGAGUCUUACUUGCAUAAAGUACUAGAUAAUCAUCUAAACGCAGAGAUAGCUAGCGGCACUAUUGAUAGUAUUCAAGGCGCACUGGACUUUCUGACAUGGACGUAUUUCUAUCGUAGAGUUUAUCAGAAUCCUAUUUACUACGGUGCUGAAGGUGAUGAUCAGGACAGUGUAGAUAAAUUUUUAUCAGGCUUAAUUGUCAGCGGUUUUAUGGAACUUGAGAAAUCUGCCUGUAUCUACCGCGUGGAUGAGGAAGAUUAUGCUCCUACUUCUUUGGGGAAGAUUGUUAGUUAUUAUUACUUAUUUCACCAUACUGUGAGGAAUUAUGUACAGAAAGUUAAAGAAGAGAUUGAUUUUCAAUUCGCUCUCCAACUUCUUUGUGAAGCUACCGAAUUUGAUGAUUUAGCUGUUCGACACAACGAAGAUUUAAUUAACGCUGAAAUCAAUAAGGGCCUCAAGUAUUCUGCCGAGUGCCUUAACCUAAAUAUGGUUGAUCCGCAUGUGAAAGCAUUUAUCUUGUCUCAGGCUCAUAUUGGUAGAUUGAAACUUCCUAUCGACGAUUAUAUUACAGAUACUCUUCAAGUUUUGGACCAGGUUAUUCGUAUCAUUCAAGCAUACAUUGACGUUGCAGCUGAAUUAGGAUAUUCACAAGUUUGCUUGCAAUAUAUGACUUUAUUGCAGUGUUUUAAGCAAGCUUGUUAUCCCGAUGAGCUAUACAGAAAUGCGCUUCCAGGAUUGCAUUGUAAUGAUGAGAAAGAUGCUAUGAAAAUAGUAUAUCAAUUCGCUGGUAAAUCGAGAGAAAAUCUUGAAAAGGGAUUAUCGAAAAAUGAAAAUGUUUUCGACCUAUCAGCUGCUAUCGAAAAGCUUAUGGCAUAUCCUGAUUUGGAUAUUAGGGUAUCGCAAAAAGAAUCACACAAACUAUAUGUUUCUUUGCGCCGUAAAAACAAACCUUUGAAUCCCGACUUUACUAUUUCUGCUCGAUUUCCUAAACCUCAAACCGAAGGUUUCUUUGUUUUAAUCGUUGACUUGGCUACAAAGGAAUUGUUUGCUAUUCGUCGUGCAUCCUUGUCUGGAAAAGGACAGUCAAAUCAACUUAGACUCUCACUUACUUGCAAAUUAGAAAUUCCUGAGCCAUGCCGUGGACGCAAAGUCAAAGUCAUAGUUGUCUGCGAUGGAUAUCCUUUGACAUACGAACAAAAAUUCGUUCUACAAGAAUAA